CAAAAAGCUUUAAUAUAAGUUGGAGUUAGGCUUGGUUUUAUUUUCUUGGCUUGAUUUGAUCCGACUCUGGAAUGCACAAAGAUAUAUAUAAAAAGUUCAGGUUCAGGUUCUAACCAAGUUGGGGUGUAGUACUAGUAACCAGUUUUUCAUCAUAAUUCCAGCUUUCAAUGACGGUCUGUCUUUAUAGAGAGAGUUCCCAAGUUAGUGAUAGGCAAGUACUUUUUUUUGUUGUUGGAUAAAUGUUUUUGUGAUUACCACGUGUCAUAUGUUUAUUGGCUUGAAAGAAUAGUGCAUAACGAAUCCAACGUUGCGGUGGGAGAGUUGGAUUCCAAAAUUAACAAGUCUUUCGUUUGUAUUUCUUUGGGUAAAUUCUUCUUCUUGUUCGUCUGGGGGACUUUGUGAUUUGAUUUGGAGAAGAAUGGAUCAGAUCUUCAACAAGGUUGGAUCCUACUGGUUAGGCCAAAAGGCCAACAAGCAGUUUGACACCGUUGGCAACGAUCUCAACUCGGUGUCAACGAGCAUCGAAGGAGGAACGAAAUGGUUGGUCAACAAAAUCAAAGGGAAAAUGCAGAAGCCGUUGCCUGAGUUACUAAAAGAGUAUGAUCUCCCCGUUGGAAUAUUCCCAGAGGAUGCUACGAACUAUGAGUUCGAUGAGCAGACCAAGAGACUAACUGUUUUGAUCCCAACCAUAUGUGAAGUUGGCUACAAGGAUUCAUCCGUCUUGAAAUUCGCUACAACGGUGACAGGGUGCCUUGAGAAAAGCAAGUUAUCAGACGUGGAAGGAAUCAAGACCAAAGUUAUGAUAUGGGUUAAAGUCACAAGCAUCUCUGCUGAUGCAUCAAAGGUCUAUUUCACUGCUGGGAUGAAGAAGAGCCGGAGCCGAGAUGCUUACGAGGUUCUAAGAAAUGGCCUCCGAGUCGAUAAAUUCUAACUUAACUCCAUGAACACUCCUCUUUAUCGAACCCAUUCUUGUCUUCCCAAAGUUUCAAGCUUUAUUCUUAUUUACUGUGAGUGUCCAAAUGCAUUAAACUAAUUCAUGAUUGUGAUGGAACUGAGGAAGAUGAUAACUUUCACAUUUCUUUCGGUUAACUUUAGGCCAUGGAAUCCCACUUUUGCUUUUGCAUCAAAUAUUAUUGAUCCGAUCUUUGUAUUCUCUCAAUUGUAACAAAUGUACUAUUAUUCUGUCAUUGUCUCUCAAUUUGGAUA